GACAGAAUUCGUGUCAGUUCUAUAUUUCAUAUUCUUUUUAUAUUUCAGCAAUGGUGAGGACUUGUAUACUCGCAAUUUUCAGUCUACUUGUAAUUGGCACCAACUCUCAGCCAGGAGGAGGUGGUAUGCCAGGUGGUGGUGGCAUGAUGUAUGGAAAGGUAAACGCCACUGUGACAAUUUCUCUGCCAGUAAGUGCAAACUAUCGCAGACUAGUUAACAAGAAAAAGGUCCCAUCUGGAGUCACGACUUAUAACAAAAAUAAGAAGGCACUGAUUAUCAAGAAAAUGAGAUUAGAAGACUUUGGAGACUAUAUGACUGGAAACAAGAAGACUAAACUUUUCGUGAUGAACCAAACAUGGUGAUUACCCAAUUGUACUGAUUUUUGCAAAUAAAAUGUUAAUCGCACCUA